UUUACACAAUUCUCACACUGCAAAUGCCAAAAUGGCGUCCAGAUUGUGUAGAAUUUUUAAACCAACCUUUUUAGCAGUCUUUAACAAAGGUCCUAUUCAACCUCUAGUAGCAUCUCCAUUCUACAGACUUCAGUCUACAGACUCAACUCAGACUAACAAACCUACUGUGCGUCAACAGAAUCCCCCUCUCCGUAAAAUCCUGUCCGAGUUUGGCGUGUACGUCGGCGAAUGUCUUCCCAAGUACAUCCAGGAAGUGAACGUGACCACCUGCAAUGAGCUAGAGAUCCUCAUUCACCCGGAAGGUGUCGUCCCGGUGAUCACCUUUCUCAAGGAUCACACCAAUGCACAGUUCACGUGUCUUGCUGAUCUCUGUGGCAUGGAUGUACCGUCGAGAACAUAUCGCUUCGAGAUCAUUUAUAAUUUGCUGUCACUGCGUUUCAACUCCAGAAUCCGAGUGAAGACGUACUCCGAUGAGCUUACUCCAGUCGACUCCAUUUGUUCAAUUCACAAAUCUGCCAACUGGUAUGAAAGGGAGGUGUGGGACAUGUUUGGCGUAUUCUUUGCCGAUCACCCAGACUUGAGAAGAAUACUGACAGACUAUGGAUUUGAAGGACACCCGUUCCGUAGAGAUUUCCCACUUGUUGGAUACACAGAGGUGCGUUAUGACGACGAAGUGAAGCGAUGUGUAAUUGAACCGAUAGAAAUGGCUCAAGAGUUCAGGAAGUUUGAGUACAAUAGCCCUUGGGACCAUUUUCACAAAUACAAUGCGGAAAGGAAAAAGGAAGAUACUCCUCAAAUUAAAGACAAGCCUGAGGGAUCUUAAAUGGACACUGAUAGUAAUUUAAUACGUCAUGUUUGCAGAAAAUCUAUAGACAUGAUAAUUUAAAGCCUAGAUUAUAUUAUACGAUGCGAUACAUCUCAACUGUUGAGUCAUGUCAUGUAGUAUGUAUUUAAAAACCUGUUGAUCUGUGACUGAAUUUUAGUUGGCACGAUUCAAAAACCAUCGUACAGUGUGGCUCAUGAUGACAUGGCUUUGAGUCGAGUCGUGUCAUAUAAUUGGUUGAGUUGCGUCAUAUAGUAUGAUCUGGGCUUAAGUGUACAUACAGGAUUUUUGAAACCUACAUUUGGCAGUUAUUAAUACACUAAGCGUACAGUGUCUUUGGACAACUGGUAACAUAACAGGCACAGAAAGAGUAUAGACAGUGGUAAUUAAAAGACCAGCUACACAGGUAUAUAGAAAUCUAUAAACCUUAUCAUUUGAUAUGACAUCCAAUGGCGUAGCCAGCAUGAGGCAGACAAGGUGCUUGCCUCAUCUGGAAUUUCCUCAGAUUUAUUUUAUUUUUCCCAUGACACUGAUAUUUAUUUUACAGGUCUGGGUUUCCCUGUGCAUUUUUUCCUCUCUGGCUAUGCCCCAGACAUUUCAGACUGUCUGGCUUUAUUUAACGUUUGUGUUUGGUAAGUAAAGUGUUUCAAAUUAAAACAGAGAUUUACUUUGUUAAUAUUAGGUGACCAUUUGUGAAAAGUACAAUGCAUAGAUUAAGUUUUCAACAAAGCUCUGAUGGUGUUGAAAAUUUGUCAGUUUGAAAAAGUUAUAUGACAAUAUGACGUAGUAUCCAUUUUUCAAACAAUGGGUUUAUCAUGUUUUAUAGCAAAUUGCUUAAACAUGUUUGUUCCUUUUGUAGUUGUUUUGUUUGACUAAAAACAUUGUGAAGCUUGAAA